AACUAUUUGCAGAUAUGUUAUCGCACCUUGUCUUCUCAUACUCCAGGCAUCUGGUCGUAAUUGAAAUGGAUUAUAUGGAUAGAAAAUACCAAAGGGAUCAGAAACCGAAAGUUACUAUUGGCAGUUACCCUGGCAACAUUGAGAGACGAAUUAAGCGAUACAAUGGACGGCACACAUAUGGAAAAGUUACCCUAACUGGUACUCGCACAUUCCUUAAGCGGUCCGAUGAUACUGCGAUGCCCAGAACUGUGAUAACAUCAUGAUAAAGCUUUAGUUGUACGAUUAAAAGCUCGGAACGCCACAAAGAAGAGCGAAUGGACAAGAUGAGUUCUUAUUCUGGAGGAAGCAGUCCGAGAUCUAAACCGGAAGCUGAUACGUACGAGAAGGGAGAUAAUUCCAGUUAUGACGAUAAUUAUGGGGCGGAAGCAAUAGAAGAACCCCCAGAGACUCCGGCCCUCGGAAAUCCAUUCCGGGGAAUGGAAAAAGAGGAACUGAUUCGGCACUCGUCUAAACCGUUCUGGUGGCGCCUGCGCAUGAUGUGUAUCUCCGUAGUGUUGCUGGGAUGGCUUGCCCUUCUCAUUACUGUGGUGGCGCUCGUACUGAUCUACCCUCGAUGUCGGGACCCGGACAUGCGCAGUUGGUGGCAAAACGAGACAAUGUACAGAGUCUAUGUGCGAAGUUUUAGUGACAGCAACGGAGACGGUAUUGGCGACCUUAAAGGGUUAGAAUCACACCUGGACCACAUCCGGGACCUGGGCGCCAACACUAUAUCCCUGAGUCCAGUCUACCAAUCAGAUGAUAUCGACUCAGAUUUUAACGUCAUCGAUCACAUGGCCAUAGAUCGAAAUUAUGGGAACAUGAGUGACUUUGAGUCAUUGUUAAAAGCUGCGCAUGACAGAGGUAUGCACCUGUUGAUGGACUUCAUUCCGAACCACACCAGUGACCUCCACCAGUGGUUCAUCAACAGCAGCAAGACGUCAGACAGGGACAACGACUUUCGGAACUUCUACGUUUGGACUGACACACCCACAAACUGGAGAAGUGUGUACAACAAUGGCAGCUGGAAAACUUCCGAUGUAAGAAACCAGGCCUACUUACACCAGUUCUUACCGAGUCAGCCUGACCUGAACCUGCGCAGUUCCCAAGUACAGGAGAAACUUGAGGAGAUCCUGAAGUUCUGGCUCACUAAAGGAGUGGACGGUUUUUACAUACGAAACAGCGGCUUUAUGUUUGAAGAUUACGAUCUCCGAAACGAAAAGAAGAGCAGCACGAACAACAGUUCAGACCCGACAGAAUAUUCUUACUACGACCAUACAAUGACAUAUGGACUAUCGGAGGUUUACGACAUGUUAUCGCGAUGGCGCACCCUGGUGGAGGAAUUCAGCAACACUACUGAAAGAAUACUAAUGGCGGACGCCAGAGGAAACAUGGAUAUGAUAAUGACGUAUUACGGUCACUAUGACAGAGAUGGAGUCAACAUAGCCUUGAAUGAGGUUUUCCUCCCUGAACAUGGCAUAUGUGGCGCCCCCUGUGUCCGGAAGUACAUAACUGACUGGCUAUCAAACCUUCCCAAACACCAUUGGGCAAACUGGGUGAUUGGCGCAGACGACAGUGCUCGACUUGGAUCCAGAUUUAACGAGAGCUACAUCCGGGCGUUUCUGAUGACGGCAAUGCUGGUUCCGGGUACGCCUAUAAUUUACUAUGGUGACGAGAUACUCAUGACAGACAUAAAUGUCACCUCUGAAUCCUGGACACGAGAACAGAGCAUGCGUGGGCUUAUGCAGUGGGAGAACAAAACAGAUGGCGGAUUUUGUUCUGCCAGAUCAUGCUCUUCGUCCCCCUGGUUACCAGCCGAUGGCAAAUUCAGGACUAACAAUGUCAAGGAUAAGAGCAAAUUUGCGGGAUCAAUAAUCAGUUACUUCAAAAACCUUACGUCAUUACGACAAGAGAGAACGUUUUUGAUUGGUGAAUUCACGACAGCAAUUACCGACGACAGCAUCUUCUCGUUUGUUCGAGAGUUUGACGGAUUAACUGGGUACCUUAUCGCCAUUAACUUCAGUCACGAGGAACAAACACGUGAUUUCUACACGAGUCAUGACAGUAUUGAGAAAGCAGCAACCGUUGAGUUUACAACAGGAAAUGACGUCAGCUACAACAUGGAGGAUAAUGUUGACACGAGAUCGAUCACCCUUGGCGGUUUCCAGGGAGUGGUCGUUUCUUGGGACUACGUAGCUAAGGAAUUGUAACGUGAAACUUAGAAACAGUUUUUCAUUGGGACCCUGGCCCUGUACGAAUAUGGUUGCGCUGCUUGGCGUAUUGCGUAAGCUAUUUGGACGUUUUCCAUAUCACAGUACACUCAUAAGGGAACAUCUGCAUUGUAUUUUAUCCAAGAAUAUUUGGAAUUUUUACUGCAAAAGGAAAAAAUCCUUUUAUAUCUUGUUUAUUUAGUGCAAAUGAAUUCUAUUCAAACUCUUAAAUUAUCCAAUUAAAUCAACUCCACUGGU